CAUGGUUGUGCACAUAAAACAACUUCUACUGGUUACGGCUUUUGUUGUCCUUUAUACGAAAGCAGAAACUCAACCAAACUGUCCAACAAAGUGUGGCAAUGUCACUAUUCCCUUCCCAUUUGGAACCACCAAGGAUUGUUCUCUAGACAACACCUUUCUCAUCGAUUGCAACAAAACAUCUUCAACCUCAACAGAGGUACCAUUCUUGCCACAGACUAAUCAAAGUGUUCUAAACAUCUCACUUAAUGGUGAACUUCACGUUGCAUGGCCAGUAGCCAGCUAUUGCUAUUCAAAAAAUGGCACACAAGUAAACCAAACAUUUCAGGAAAUCAACGUGACACAUUUUCACAUCUCAACUCAAAACAAGUUUAUAGCAGUUGGUUGUGACACGGUGGGAAUACUCGCAGUCGGAGAAGCUGAUUCUGAGGAAAAAACCUACGCCACAGGAUGUGUGGCUUUCUGCAACAGGCUUGAUGAUAUCGAAGCCAAUCAACCUUGCUCUGGUAUUGGUUGCUGUGAGAGUUCAAUACCCCCAGGUCAGAUGUUAACGCGAGUGGCCUAUGGUUCUUCUGGAGGCGUAUUUUACAAUCAAAGUGACUCAAAAGUACAUGACUUCAAUCCAUGUGGUUAUUCUUUUUUGGUUGCAAAUGGAAACUACAGCUUGACACGAUCAGACCUCAUGUUGAUGAAGAAGGAGUUUCCUGUGUUGUUGGACUGGAAAGUAGGAAAUCAAACAUGCCUGCAAGCUCAGAAGAAUCAUUCCAAUUAUGCUUGUAAGGCCAUUAAAAGUACAUGUUACGAAACAGGAACCAACAAAUCUGGUUACCUUUGCAGAUGCUCUCAUGGAUAUCGGGGAAAUCCUUACCUCAUUAAUGGUUGCCAAGAUGUUGAUGAAUGCAAGGAAUCCAAUUACUGUUUUGAGGGGGCGACAUGCAUCAAUCUUCCUGGAAGCUACCAUUGUUUAUGCCCAAAAGGAUAUGAAGGAGACGGAAAAAGAUGCAGUCCAAAAUCCAGUACCAAAUCAAGUAAAGAGAUCAUGUUAAUCAUUGCACUGAGUGUCAGUGUAAGCCUCGUAGCACUGCUGAUUGGAAGCUUUUAUGCAUAUUUGGCAUUCAAGAAAAGAAAGUUCAUUAAACUUAAAGAACAUUUUUUCCAACAAAAUGGUGGCAUACUGUUACAACAACAGAUAUGGAGGCAUGGAGGUUCAACUGAAAUAGCUAAAGUCUUCAAAGUUGAGGAGCUAAAAGAUGCAACCAACAACUUCGAUGAAGGCACGAUCCUAGGCCAAGGUGGUCAGGGAAUUGUUUACAAAGGAGUUUUACAAGAUAACAGAAUUGUAGCAAUAAAAAAGUCCAAAAUAAGUGACCCGAACCAGAUUGAGUCGUUCAUCAAUGAAGUGGUCAUUCUUUCCCAAAUCAAUCAUAGAAAUGUGGUAAAGAUUUUGGGUUGUUGUUUAGAGACAGAAGUUCCGUUACUUGUUUACGAAUUUAUUCCCAAUGGUACUGUUUAUGAGCAUCUUCAUGAUGAAACCCAAUCUAUGAAGCUUACAUGGAAAACAAGAUUAAGAAUAGCAAAGGAAGCUGCUGGUGUGCUGGCAUAUUUACACUCUGCUGCUUCUACACCAAUCAUACAUAGAGAUGUGAAAUCUUCAAAUAUACUCCUAGAUCAUAAUCUCACUGCAAAGGUUUCUGACUUUGGAGCUUCAAGGAUUGUUCCUCUUGAUCAUAGUCAAAUAAACACUCUAGUGCAGGGAACAUUGGGGUAUCUUGACCCAGAAUACUUCCACACAAGCCAAUUAACAGAGAAGAGUGAUGUUUAUAGUUUUGGAGUGGUCCUAGCAGAGCUACUAACGGGAAAGAAGGCACUAUCUUUUGGCAGGCCAGAGGUAGAUAGAAACCUUUCCGCAUACUUUGUUUCUUCAAUGAAACAGGGUCGGUUACUUCAUAUUUUGGACAAAAAUAUAGAUGAGACAAAUAUUGAGCAACUUAAAGAGGUUGCCGAUAUUGCAGAACGGUGUUUAAGGGUGAAGGGAGAGGACAGACCAACUAUGAAAGAAGUGGCAAUGGAACUUGAGGGAAUAUUAGUUAUUGAAGAGUUCCGUUGGGGAAGUGACUAUUUGUCUUCAGAAGAGACUGAAAACUUGCUCAAAACAGCAGAAUCCGUAAAAAAUGUUCAAGAUGGUAUUGGUGGAAGUGAUAUUAAUUCUUCUGGUUCAUAUAGCUUAAACCAGAUUUCGAUAUCGAUUGGUGGAAGAUGAUUGAUGGAUAUUAAUAAUACUCAUGGUUAUAUGUUAAUCUAUCUUCACUAUAAUUGUGUUGUAGUAUUUGAUGUAUUUCAUUUAUAUUGAACAUACCUAUAUAUAUAAUCCUAGUAAAUAUAGGCAGUACAAUUGAGUCUGCUUUAUGCUUCA